AUGUCAGUUGUAUUAUUCCAGAAGUUUGGACAGACAGCAUUAAUGUCGGCUGCCGUGUGUGGACACCUGGAGAUCUGUAGACUCCUCAUUGAUACAGGAUGUACGAUCGACAUCACAGAUAAGUAUAGUGGAUGGACAGCAUUAAUGUGGGCUGCCCAGUGGGGAUACCUGGAGAGUGAUGGAAGAACAGCUUUACAUUGGGCUGCUAGGAAGGGACAUCUACAGACCACAAGAUAUCUGGUAGAACAAGGUGCCAGUCCCUUAGUUACAACACAUGAGGGUCAGACUCCAUACGACUUAGCAGCAGAAAGGACGAAAGGACAGUUUAACGAAGUGAUGAAAGGACAGUAUAAAGAAGUGGUGAAAUACUUACAGACUGUCAUGUCAGAGAAAUCUUCAGGUGACACUGCUGGACAAGGGAGAGAAGGUGACAAGUUAAUGGCCUAA